UAUUCUUCCAAUAUUAUUACUUUUUGUAAAAUUACACCUUUAAAUAUUACGUAAUAUUACAACUUCUUGGGGGGAGAAACUACGACUUUAUUCUCACAAUAUUAUGACUUAAUUAUUGUAAAGAACACAAUUCAACAAGUUUUUCUUCCUUCUUACAACUUUUUCUUCCCUUAUUACAUUUUUUUAAAUUAUUAAAGUCAAUUCCAGUACGACAACAUAAUUUUAGUGUGACCUUAAUAAUCCUUGGACUCGUAUGUUCCAUAGUAAUGAACACAUUUAUAUAUUUUUUAAACAAGCAAAGAAGCAGCUCCUUUUUAUCUUACCAAUGAGUUUGUCGUAAUCAACACCCUUAGCGUUGCUGGUAGUGACAUUCCACGGGUUAACUUCAUCAUCGCAAUCAUCUUCUACAGGGCCGUUCUCUGUGGAGUUUUCUGAGGGUGGACAGCCAGGUUUGUAUUCCUGACCUGUCAACUGUUUGUAGUCCAUUUUCAGCUUUAGCAGCAACUGGACUGCGGCGUCAACUUCAGCCUGUAGAAACACCAAAUAUAUCAGACAUUUACGCGUUAAUGUUUGAAUAAUUUAAACUCAUGUCAAACUUUUGUUCUUUACAGCCCCACACAAUACUAACAACUGAGUUGAAAAAUAAGAGUGUGCUAUCUUGGUGUGUGUAUAGGCACUUACUUUCUCAGCCUUUGCAGAUUUUAAUGUCCUCACUUUGUCUCCUUGUUCUGCCAACUUCUCAUACAGCUCCAUGGGACUCUUUGCUGCUUCCCCGUCUCCUUGGCAAUCUGUCAUCUUCACACUGGUCAACAAAUGGACAAUAAUUAGUCUUCCUCGUACAUAAGUGAUGCAACAUUACUUGGCCUACGAGGACUCAGAAUCCGGGGAUGAGUCCAACGACCCAAAAGGAUCAGGUGUUGUCCAGGAAGAAUCUUGUAGGCAGGGAGACCAACAAGCGAGAGUGACACCAAACCCUGACAGGACAGUGUUGGAUUAUCGCCAGCACAUGUUGGAAAAAGACAAUUCCUCUUUACAAAAGAAGAGCUGUUUACCUGCACCUCAGCAGAAGACAUUUGGACUGCAAACUCUUCCUCUUAUGCUGCCAAGUGUUUCCACAAAGUCCAAAAGACCUUCCUUGGUCCCAUCUGGUGUCAGACCCUACAUUCCCAAGAGGCAAAGACUUGUCACUUGUGCAGAGAAAGAAGAUAAUCCGACAGAGACAGUCCACAGCAAAGAUGCACAAAUUCUCUCUGAAGUGUCGGAGAAAGUGAAACUGCAUCUUUCUCAAAAGCCUGCUGCUGCUGCUGCUGCUGCUGCUGGGAUACCUAGGAAGCUUCUUCUGAGCCUUGAAGGCCACCAGGGUCCAGUCAACACAGUGCAAUGGUGUCCAGUUCCUCAGAGGAGUCAUCUACUGCUGUCUGCCUCCAUGGAUAAGACAUUUAAGGUGUGGGACGGAGCAGAGAGUGGACGAUGCCUGAGGGUUUACACCUGCCACUCGGGGGCUGUGCGAGAUGCCUGUUGGACCCCCUGCGGGCGACAGCUCCUCACCGGCUCAUUUGACAACACAGCUGUGGUCACAGACGUGGAGACAGGCCAGCAGACAGUGAAAUCGGAUAACCAGUUCAAGGUGAUGUGUGUGGCUUCGCAUCCCAGCAACCCAGAGGUGUUCCUGUGCGGAGGUUACAGUUCAUUGGUCAAGGCCUGGGACUCUCGCUGCUGCAAGGUGGUGAAAGUGUACAAAGCGGCAAUCCAGCAGACUUUGGACAUUCUCUUCCUGAGAGGUGGCUUGGACCUCAUCACAAGCUCUGACUGUGUCAGCAGAGACUCUGCAGACCGUACCCUCAUCGCAUGGGACUUCCAGACCACAGCCAAGGUCUCCAAUCAGAUUUACCAUGAGCGGUACACCUGCCCUAGUCUGGCUCUGCAUCCCCAGGAAGACUCCUUUGUCGCCCAGACCAACGGCAACUAUAUGGCAGUAUUCACUUCCCAGCGGCCCUAUAGAAUGAACAAGAGGCGCCGCUAUGAAGGACACAAGGUGGAAGGAUAUGCAGUGCAGUGUGAGUUUUCCCAGGACGGAACAAUUGUAGCAUCUGGCAGCUCGACCGGCUUUGCCCACUUCUACGACUACAACAAUGCCCGCCCACUACACGCCUUCCAAGCCCACAACCAACCGUGCCUUUGCGUAUCCCAGCAUUCUGUCCUGCCAGCGACCGCCGCCACUUGCGACUGGGCUGGAUCAAUCAAAGUAUGGAACUGAGGAUGCUGAAGGGACAAUAUGGAACUUAAAUGUUAGGUAGGUGAAGAGACAACAUGGGACUGGAUCUCCGGGGUGCACAAAGACUCCAAAUACACUGAGGCAAGUCAUUAUCCAUAAAAGAAAAAAAAAUCUUUGUCACUUGAUGUGUCUUUGUUCUCUCCAGCUCUGCUAUGACAUUUCCCUCACAACUGAAAACGUCUCAGACAGCGAGAGACAGAACUCAAAUGAUGCUCUCUCAUCUGUCAGCGCUUGUCAGCUCCAGCCAAAAUCCCACCAGUCAACAAAGAGAGCAAUGACAUGCUUGUGAUCUUUAUUCAGUGUUGAAUUGAAGAGUCCUUAAAAUCCAGUACGUCGCUCCUGCACAAAUUUAAAGUAAAUACAGAAUUCUCGUUCCUGUGCUCUUGUUCACGUAAACCAGGGCUGUUCAAAAUCCAUCACUGGUGCCAUUUGUAGUCUGCAGCUUUUUGUUCAUUGGCCUACGGAAUUGGCCCACGUCAGAACAUUACUAAGCAGGAUUAGGGACACACUGAAAAGGUAUAAAUACAAUGUAAUGCGAAAAGGUUGAACUGUUAUUGGAACAAUACAUCACACUAUUUCCCUUGUCACUUAUAAUACAAAGUUGAAAUUUAGGCUGUUUUUCCAUCAAGUUUUUGUAAUUGCUUCCCCUAACUUGACCGACAUUGGAUUGUUUUAGCGGUGAAGAAUAUGGCCCCGAAUGUGGCCCCGAAGCCAGGGGUAGACUUACCAUUAGGCAAACACAGGCAAUGCCCCGACAUCUCAUAAAAAUGAUUAUUGAUUUUUUCCUUCGAUUUAAAGCACACAUUACUGUUCUAGUCUUAAUUCAUGUGCUUAAAGCUACGUCAAAAUGCGUAAUCGGUCUGACCACUCCCCCCAUCCUUCUCAUGCAUUGGACUAUUCCAUGUUACUACAUGUGCUGAUUGAUUUAGGAAGACGGUAGUAAAACAAACUUGUUGCCGUGGUAUGGAGAAAAAUUAAGCGGUUUUACCCCAGUUGAGAAGAGGAGAGGGCAAGAAAAAAAACAUUUUUUUUUUUAAAACUACCGCAGGAGUCAACCUUUUUCACAGCCGCAACAAACAUAGACACACAAUGACAGCAGGAGCCAGACGUUCUUGACAGCAUCACAGCUACUAUCAGUGUCAGGCAUGGAGAUUGCAGUAGUUGUAGAGAUGAAGCUGAGAGUGACGCUUUUCACCACAAAGAUGUGAGUAUUAAAGCGGUAAACUAUAUACAUUUUUGCGUAAUGUUCUUACUAAUCACAGUAACAGCGCUGAGAUGAUUCACUUGUUAGGUAACAAUAAUCCCCCAGGAGGAUUUUAAGGACUUUAUCUAGCUCAGGAAAUAGGAGAAUUUUGUCAUUAAUCAUCAUUUCUCAAAAAUAAAACACCUGGAUCUCUCCACUGUAUUUCCCAACACUCAUCUUUAUUAAAUAAAUACAUCAAAAAUAUAUAAUCAUGCAUCAGACAGACGUGGACAUUCAGGCCUGUUGUUACUGGGGCAGUUUUGGAGGUAGGACUGGACAGAAAGCACUUCAGCCUCCUCGACCGGGUGUCAACGCAUCCACCAAUAUAAUAUCAACAGAAUAGAAAACAGUCGUAUUGGUAUAAGAUUUGUGUAAAGAUGCAUCUACUGUAUGUCUCUUUCUAUACAUCACCUCAACAAAAAUACCGUAUAAUCUUUCAUUUAUUUUGUGCAGUGGUUUACAGUACAUACACUCAGGCCAAAUAAACAUGACUAAAGAAACAGUUUUGACAUUUAACAGAUGCAGUUUCAACUUAUUUAAACUUGGCAUAAGCCAGUGUUUUCAAAAUUGGGAGAGGUAGAAACAUGACAUUCCACAAAAAAAAAUGUUUUUGGAGAUUUCGGACGCCCUUCCUGUCUUGGGUGGAAUCAAGCAGGGAAAAGUUACUGAAAUCAUUUUGGGGACAAAUUUGCUUUACCUAUGGAAGCACAUUUCUGCAUCUGUAAUGAUACAAAGGUCCUACGUUCAAAAAGAAAAUAAGAGCUUACAACCAAAAUAAUGAUAAUCCUUUUAAAAAUAUGAUAACGUUAUUAUAUCAAGUGGGAAUAAGACUUUUAUGUAGAAAGCCUAAUUGGAUACACUCAGUUGCAAUUUGGGUUGCAUUUGUGUUUUUAGUAGCACUUGUACAAUGCAUGAAAGACCAGACCUGCCAACAUGUACGCAUUUUUAAUACAGGGCAUACUCUUGAAUACACUUGUAGGCUUCGAUGCUCUCAGGUACGCAGCCAGCCGGCGCCGCUGAGCAAACAGUGAGCGUAACGAAGCCUUCGGCCUCUGCAUGUAGCAUGAGGUGCACCUCCAAAAAAAUAUCUUCAAGUUGUGCGAUUAGUUCCAGUCGCAAUAACACUCUCCUCCUCGCAUCGUGGAAGCUGACAAGCUAAAAAAAAUCAACGAGAGCUGUGGUUGCUCACAAAGUUGAUGUCAGCGUAAAGGCAUUUGCGGCCCGUGGCUCGUUUUUUCUUAGCUCGUGGCACAUUGUAGAAAUAAAAUUGGCCAAAAAAAUAAUGGGGAAAAAGAGCGCAGAAGCCAUGAUGUAACUAGAAAGAGCUGAAAUGUUGAUAUUAAUAUCUAAUAAUAACACAAACCUUUCUCUUUAAAUAUGUAUCGUUAAAUAUGUUUCGUUUAGCCUUUCUACAAAAUAAAAAAAUGCAUAUUAGUUACUAAUAUGCAUUUUAUGCCAAUCAUAACAUUUCUACACGGUUGGCAGGUCUGAAAGACAAAUGCAAAUGAUGCCCCCUGUUGUGUGUCGGCUUUCUAUCGUUAUGUUGUGUACAAAUUGACUGGAAUAAAAUGUCAUCAUAAUGGAAAUAUUCGCACACAUAAAGUUCCCCAUCAUAGAAGAGACUUUCCCUCUUUCCCAGACACCCCCUCCGUUAUGUCAGGCAGGAAGAAGACACUAGAGUACGUACAGUAAGAAUACAGCGGCUAUACAGUAUGUACACUUAUCCCAUGCUGCAAAGUUGUGUGUCCACUAAACUGAAUUAAGGCAAUUUCACGAGUGUCCUGGUGUACGGAUAUCUACUGUGCAAUACAGCAUCAGAUUUAAAGAUCAAAUUUUUUAAUAUAAAAAUAAGACGAAAUGCUGCUCAAGUUGUGUUAAAAAUCUUACAGCUUGCAUCGGAACCAUUGGAUUAACAUUAAUAGUUUUACUUUAUUCUUCAUCUUUAUUUUCCCCCUACUAUAACAAUUUAUCAAUAUGUUGAAGGUUCUGAUUUAAUAAUUAAGAAGAAAAGAAUAUAUAGUUUGAUGAUUGGCUUUACACUUACAACAAGAUAAACAUUUAGCAUUAGCGAUUAUGUUGUCAAGUAGGCCCAUAUUAUAUGAAGGAUAACAUUAUCGCUCCCACAUUGAGUGAUUAAGUCAUGCUUCUGUUAUACCAUAGGUGUAAUAAUAGGUGUUUUGCUGGUUUUACUAACUGUACCAAAGUUCUAUGUGAAAGCACAGUAUGUCCAUGGUCUGUCUUGCUGAAGGUGGUUUCAUCCCAGUGGUUCUAAAUAUCAAUAAACUGAAAAGUCAGAGUUGCUACACCAUAGUGAGUCUCUGGUACUCUUGCUACACUUUUAAUAUGACAUACAAUAGAAAAAAAGUGUCGCAGACUGCAUUGAACAUGCCUUGGCUGGGAUACAUAAAACAACAUUAAACACCCUUGUCACACCAAGUAUGCUGCAGAGAACGUUUAAGACAUACAGUACAGAAGGCUAGUAAUCAUCAUCAUGCAUAAACGACAAGCUCUUCCUCGUCACAUUAGUUCAGCAGCGUGCCAUAGAGCUGCGCCUUGGUCAGACUGUCCUUCCUUGUCAGCCCCAUGCUGCCAAAUUUUUGGUAUCUUGGAGAGGUCUUCUUCGGGAGCGCAGGGCCGACAGCGCUGAGGGCUGAGCUGGAGCUUGGGCGAGGCCUGAUGUUCGGCCUCGGGCUUGGGUAAUGCUGAAGACUGGAGGCUUCUAAGGAGCUUUGGUGUAAGGACUCGGCCGAGCUUCCAGCACUCAGAUUGACGUAGUCCUUGCCGCUGCCGCCUGCCGCUGUCCCUACCCCACUGCUUUCCUUGUCUUUAGAACUUCCUGAGUGGACCAAGCUGUCUGGGUUGCUGUCCUUGGCUCUGUACAGCGCAGAAGAUUUUUUCUGUUUGCGAAGCUCCACAGGUGGAAGUUUGGCACUGCGGCUGGGCGAAGGGGGACCCACGGCGAAACACUGGUCUAGCAUGUGGCUGUGGAAGACGUCAUCUCCCUCUUGGAAGCUGCUGUAGAGAGAUCCCUUGGCCUUGCUCGAGGGGCCCACAGCGUAAUGGCAUUCUGAGAAACUGUACGGGGAUACCCUUCCUGUGACGUUACGAUAGGAAGAUGAGAAUGUGUUUAUGUCUUCCACGCUCAGCUGUCUCCACCGGGUACUCAGGUCAUCCUCCGGGACAUGGAUGUCAGCCCUGCUGUCCACAGUUCUUCCCUGUGGCUGACCUAAGCCGCUUGUAGAACCCAUGCUUUGAGAGGAGGCUAGGCGAGGGCUGCUGGAGUGGUACGGUUCACUGAAGCAAGAGGCUGUCCUUGUGUACGCUGGCGAGGUGCCCUUCUUCGGGCUCCUGGAGGUGACUAUGUGCUGAAUGCUGUUGGAUUUAGGGAAACCUGGGCUGUCUUUAUCGUAGGAAGACAUGCUUUUACGUUCAUACUCCCCACUGCCACCCUCCCGCCAGUCAAUGUACAAACCCUGGUGGGAAGUAGAUAAAGUGCUACUGGCUGUGCGUGCGCCCCCUAAUCCGCCUUUAUCAUCUGAGGCAAGGCUGAAACUGGAGUAGGAACUGGAGGCGGGCAGGCUUCCGGCACUGAACUCUUCAUGGUGGUGGAAAGGCGAUGUCGGCUCAUGAUGGGAGAAGCUCCCUGAGGCGUAGGGUUCCUCAUCUGGGUUGCUGUCAGUGGAGUUCUGGCCAUGAAGCUGGAGCAAAGUGGUACCGUGGAGGUCGAUACUCUGCCGGCGAUCUGUAUCCUGCCAGCGUUCGGGGCAGUAGAGGGCCGUAUCACUGCAGUACAGGUCAGAGGUCUUGUACGCAAUGCGGCGGUUGAAGUGAUCAUUAGUUCCUGUUCCUGUCAUAGAGUCUCCAUCUUGCUGGUGAGGGCUCGGGGAGUGAGUAAUGGUGCAACUGUUUCCUGGUUCAGGCUUUUCAAGGACCUUGGCAAUGAUGGCUGUGGGCACGGCAUCAGAGUAAUUGGAGUGGCACAUUGCCACAGUGGCUUCACUGCUCUGAUUAUGUUUCUCUAUGUGGGAACUGAUGCGCUCCUGAAAGUCCAGUGGCAGCUGCAACACAGAGAGACAAAACAAGCCUGAUAAACAUUUAAACAACAAAACAGAUGAGUGUAACUGAUACCAGGCGACUCAUUCUUCAGAUUUAACAAGGCACGCUUUUGGGAAAUGAAGUGAAAGUUUUCAUUAUUUGUACAGUGAGCACAAAUGGAUCUCUUAAGGAUUAUUCCCAGAUUAUGUGUCUCCACUUAAGGUAUUUUUUAUUGCUGCUCCUUUAGGACUUCCAUUUCAUGUUCUGCUCUAGAAAGUAAUUCAUUCUCGGACGGCUCACACGGUCCUGGGCCAGCUCGUUUCUCUGGGGACGUGCACUACUUUGCCCCUCUAAUGAACUUGUCAGAAAACUGCUGAACACCACAUCCAUUUAUUUAUGUGUUCCACUGUGUUUCCCAACACAAUUCCGCUUUCCUUCCCGGGCUCAGGCUUUGUUGUUUACGUGUCACCACACAAAGAAGAUAUUUUUAGUCAUCAUAUUGUACCUUUUCAUGCGUUCAUUCUAUAUUUUCUUGGAACUGUAUCCUACUUCCAAACAUUCCUUUUACUAUCUUGCCAUAGCUCUCUGUCAAUUACCGACUUGUUCCUUGUAGCUAUUAAAUUUGGCGGUUGGAUGUUCCUUUACGAAUUCUUUCAUCCUCCAGUGCCUUCUCAAGCAAAAAGCCCUCAUUUCCUCUCUCACUCUGAGUCCCGUCUUCCUCAGUCUACCAUCAAACACAUAUCAGUUCUAGAGGGAGCGUCUUAGAUUCAGAUUAAACCAGAGCUGCCGGUCUCCAGCUGGGAAUAGGGGAAAAAAAGAUAAAUUACUGACUUGACUUUGUUAGAUAAUAGAAGCUCGCCUCGGCAAAAAAUAACCUGCAUCUUGUAAGUGGAGGCUAUUUUUAGCAGCUGCCAGUUCCCAGAAGGAAUACAGAUGGAAAGUAGGUGAGGAUGCUUGGAUUGAGCUAGCUCAGCAUUGGCUGUUAUCUGAGGCAAAUCUUAAUUAGCAGUGCCACCAUCACUACAUUCUGUUCGCUUUUAAUCCAUCCGACGGCAUACACUUCUUGUUCCACUUAUUGCUGUUAAUGGUUUAACACCUCUCCAUGGAAGUGACACUCAUUAUAUUAUGCCUUCAAGCAAUUCUCCGCUUUUCUCUGUGAGUUAUUAGUGUGGGAUUUCGCCUAGAACGCGCUUGGCAUUUUGAAAAAAUGUCACUUUGGAACAUUAUUGCUAUUCAGAAUGACGUCCGCAACCUCAAACAGAAGAUAAAACGCACUCUUCCUCGUUCUAUUAUGGUUCAGCUAUAGUUCAGUUAAAGGUUCAACUACAACGCACAGCCUUGUUGGGAUUUAAACGGGUGGCUGAUGCUGUGCUCGAAGGGAGUUUACCUUUCCUUGUGUGUGUCGCUCCAGAUGUGUCAGGAAGUGCCAUGUUCAGAUGUACGAAUGUGUAGGAUUAAAUGUGCAGCCAUUGGUAGCAUAGUGGUUCACUUAGUCAUUAAUGCUCCUUCUUGGCUCUGUGGUUGGCAAAAAUUUGCCCAUUUUUUACAAAGUUAGAAAAAUCUAUCAGAGGGUGACCAUGUUUUGAUUACAGAAAGCUAUGACACUCGGCCUGGCAGUGAGAUUCUGUCAUGAUACCUGAAGUGUCCUCAAAGAGGCCUAAUCUUUUCAAUACAUUCAACACUUUUGCAACCAGCAAGCUACUUUUACAAUGACCAAGUCCCAAAGAUGUACCUCCUACUAUAACCAUAGAAAAUAUAUUUAAAAAUAUAUAAAUGUGUAAUACGCUGCUGAUCAAAAUUGUAAGACCAGUUGUAAAAUUGCAAGAAUUUACAUUUUGCACUGUUGGAUCUUAAGGAGUUCUAAGUAGAGCUUCUAAAUGCAAAAAUAAGAAAUAGGAGUGAGACAACAACAUUUUUUAGGAAGCAUUUUAUUGCAAACAAGCAUUGAACUGAAAUAGGCCUCAUCAUCUGAUCAAAAGUUUAAGACCAUAGCUCAAAAAAACCCAAACCCUCUUAAAGUAGAAAUAAAAAGAAAAGAAAAGAAAAGGGUUCAGUAAUGAGUAGGUGUGCCAUUCUUGUUAAUCACCUCACCAUUGUUGCCAGGAGGCUAGUGGGAAUGUUGCUCCAGGUGGUGAGGAUGGCUUCCGCAGGGCAUCCACUGUCUGGAACUGAUGUCCAUUUAUUCCCUUGCCAUCCAUCCCCAAAAUGUUUGCCGUUUGACGCCCCCGCAAAACCUGAAGCUCCAUUGUUCCAUUGAAGGAAAAAGCACCCCAGCUCAUGAUGGCGCCCCCUCCACUGUGCCGUGUGGAAAACAUCUCAGGUGUAAUCUCCUUGCCAUGCCAGUAACGUUGGAAGCCAUCAGGACCGUCAAGAUUACAGUUUUUCUCAUCAGAGAACGUUUCUUCAAAACAUUUCUGUGUUUGGUGCUCUCGUGCAAAUUCCAAAUGGGCAAUUUUGUGGCGUUUGAUAAAAAGAGAAAGUUUCUUGGCUUUAGCCAUCAGGAGGGCCUGACAGUGUGAAUGCCUGACAGAAAGUGAAAAUUUUGAGCAGAUUUUGGCUUUUGUAGCCUGUGGUCUCAGCUGAUAAACAGCCUAUUUCAGUGCAAUUGUUGUUUUCAAUAAAUUGCUUUUUGUCUCACUCCCCCUGUCUUGUUUUUGCAUAUUGUAGCUCUACUGAAAACCUCAUUAAGAUCCAAAUGUGCAAAAUGCAAAUUCUAGCAAUUUUUCAACUGGUCUUAAGAUUUUGAUCAGGAGUGUAUUUAUAUAUACACAUAAUUUAACCCGUAAACUUUGAAAGUAUGAUACUAAAUACUAAUGAUUAGUAUUCCACAUUCACUGUUUCUAAGUUUACAGCAGUAAAGUAGUAGAUGUCAUUCAGUAAUUCACAAUUCAAUUGAAUAUGGCAAUUAAGAAAUGACAUUAUUCCUCAAUGUGUGUGUACAUAACCUGAGUAGGAUGUCAAUCAAAAUAGCUACAUAGCAUUCAUUAGACACACAGUUCAUGUAUUACGUCCAGUUAGCAUUGGCUAUCAAACAUUACAGACUUCAACCGGCAAGCG